AUGGCUGAGAAUAUAGAAGAAAUCCUUGCCGAAAUUGACGGCUCUCAAAUUGAGGAGUAUCAACGUUUCUUCGAUAUGUUUGACCGUGGAAAGAAUGGCUAUAUUAUGGCUACUCAAAUUGGGACAAUUAUGAAUGCUAUGGAACAAGAUUUUGAUGAAAAAACUCUUCGGAAACUAAUCCGAAAAUUCGACGCAGACGGCAGCGGCAAAAUCGAAUUCGACGAAUUCUGCGCUUUGGUAUACACUGUGGCGAAUACUGUAGACAAGGACACUUUGCGGAAAGAAUUGAGAGAAGCUUUUCGUCUCUUCGACAAAGAGGCAAUAAUUUCUUUAAUUUUAAUAGAGACAUAUUGAAGUUAAUUUGGGAUCAAAUUCAGUUUUUUAAAUCAGCCAAGAUUAUUCUCAACAGAUUUUGAGAGUUUUUUGUGUAUUGAGAUUAACGUUAUUUUGAAGUUGGGAUAUUUGAGUGCGGAUUUUUAGGGGUGGAAUUACUGAGAGAGUCUUUAGAGGCAUGGGAUAAUUGAAAUGGUUUUCAAGGGGGGGGGUAAUUAAUAGGUUUUUCGGUUUUCGGGAUUU